CUUAUCGACUAGACACGUAUUCCUGGAGCGUUCUGCAAAAUUCAAUAUAAUAUUCCUAAACCUUUGGCCCUUCUGCUGCAGAAGUGAAAAAGUAUGUGCAGCAAACCUUCUGGGCCACGGUGGCCGCUUUUCAUCGGCUAGGCCCUGAAAACGUGCAUCGGUAACAUUUCCGCAUUGUUUCGGUGAGAUGGGAUUACCAACGGUGACAGGACACGUGAAUUUGGAACUUUUGAUAGUGGAGAGUUAAACGCUCGAAGGAAAAUUAGAAAGUAGAUUGUGCGUGUGUGAAUCGAAGUUCAGCCGCAACAUUGUGCAUACUUUGUCACCGGGAGGGUGAAAUGUAAAUUAUUCAUCAUCAUAAAAGUAGUGCUAGAAAGUGAUAGAAGGUUUCCACCGAACGGAUGGUAUUUACCCAGUUCCAGUGGAUCCGGUACACAAAUUAUUUGGCAGCGACCUAGUAUAAGUGCAAGUGUUGUCCUGAAUAAUCAAUGCGCCUCGCUGCUGCAGCUGGUGGCAAAAAAAAGUGUUUGUCUCCUUACGCUUACUACCGAUUCCAUGGAAGCACGCUCCAAUCUCCCCAUCCGAAUCGAAAGUCAAGUAGGAAAAAAAGUGUCCUCAUAGGGUAUGUAACCAAAGUACGGCUGGAACAGUCGGCGUCGGUUCGUUGGUAUGAGAAUGCACCAGCAACAUGUUUAACCCAUAUUAACGUGUGUAAAGCCAGAACAGUGGCUGUUGGUUCGACCGCAGUUGAAUUACAUUGUGGAAAGUAAGGACGGCCACGGGUCGGAUCCGAUUUCGAUCGAAGAAAUGAACGAGCCAAGAUUUCCGUUGCACGUUGUAUAAAUGUGUGUGCGUGUAUAUGUGGAUGAGGUGCUGGAAAUUUCUUGGCGAUUAAGCUGCAAAAAAAAAAGGAUUAGUUUUUAUUCCCCACAAAGAAGAAGCAAAAGAAAUAAAAAAACAAAUGAAAAACCAAACCUGGGUGCGAAAACUUUCGUACGUUCUCCAUCUUCUCGCCUGUAUAUAGUUUUAUCGUAAUCGAUGAAAGUUCGAGGUUGACGGAGAAAACUUUGUCCGUAGUGCUGCUGGGUUGCGGUCUGGGUGUGCAAUGAUGACGCGCUCCUUAGGAUGGGAGAAGUAUUUCAAUCGUGUAAAUGCGUGCUUCGGGAACUGAAAUAAAACAUCGGAGAGAAAGUGACAGACACACAGAGAGAGAGAGAGAGAGAUAUUGUGUGUGUAAUGAAAUUGAAUAACGUGAACAUCACAAUGUUCGAUUAUAAAAAAUAGUUUUAAUUAUGCACAUUAUGUAUCGCAGACAGACAACUAUAGUGCUACGAAUUGAAGAAGCUGAAUUAAGUGCUUGAGAAGUAUAAUUAGUGCAACGCCCAAACUAUUCGCAUAUGAUCAGUGAUACAAUUAUACCAUUCCUGAUGCAAUUAACAAACUUUUCAGAAUGGAGUAAGUAUCGUCGACAGCAUAUAGAGCAAAACUCAACUGCUGUAAAUUAGUGUUGAACUCAAGUUGAAUAACGUUUGUUUUCAAAUAGGAUUACUGAUCGGUCAUCCGAUUUGGACUGUGGCAGCUCGAAUAGUGAAUUUGUGAAUCGAUGAACAAAAGUUUACCACUCGAAACGGAAGUGUGUUAGAAGCGUGACAACGAUGAUUAAUUAUGCAACAGUGCCCGACGCUAGAAACGGUGUAACUCGUCAAUCUUCGAAUCAUUCGUCGACAUCGGACAUGACCUAGAUCCCAGGGAGCCCAGUAAAAACACGCGUACUUCCUGUUGGAUGUUUCCAUUUUGCUGCGGUUCUGUAAAAGUGUUACAAUGUUGUAAAUAUACCAAAAUAAACUUUCGAAAAUCAGUGAUUUAUGAGCCCGCGAAGGCUGCCAGUGUAAUUAUUCUAGUAAUAAAUGCAAACAUGUUCUUAGCUAGUCCUACUCCGCGUGCGUGCAUGUUCUCCCCAGUAGUGUAAAUAGAACUUUGUGCACCCUGUUCUUUCGUCCGUUCAAAAGUGGUUCACUUUUGCCGAAAGUGUUUAAUAGUAACUCGGUUAGUACAACACUUGUUAGUUAGUAGAUGUUCCUGGGAAAAAAGCCAGAUUCGCAACAACAAAAAAAAUUGUAAUAGCAAAGUUUAUCAUAAAUCGUUAAAUAACAGCCCAAAUAAAUUGUUGCGGUUACCACACAAGCCAAAUUAGCCGAGUGAAAACGAAUAGUGAUGAUUAGCAUAAAUAACCGAAAAAUCGUUCGUUCAAAACCAAGUUAAAAGUUACUUCAGCGUUCCCAACUAGUGCAGAAAGAAAGAGAAACAAAUAGAGGAAAUACCUAGAUUAGCUAUAGUCAGCAAAUAUUCAUCGUUGUGGAGCCCAAGAAAAAGGCUUCAAACCAAACAACCAAGUUAAUCCGUAGCCCUUCGUGUCAGUACAAGUGUGUGCAAGUGUAUGUAUGUGUGUGUGUGUGUGUGGUUUCCUGUGUAAUAUUCCGAGUGUGCUUCUCAUGCAAAGGCCACAUUUCGAGGCAAUUCCAAACUACCGCAUAAUGGCAGCAGCACUUGUGGGGUGGAAGAAAAAAGAAACGGACGAUACGAAAAGGCGAAAAAUUUAUACUACUGAGACCCGUUGUAAUUGUAGCAAUUGGGCGAAAUAAUAUGAAAAUAUAAGCACCGUAACAAUUUGCACCACAGGCCCAUCGGUCGGUGUCUGUGGAAGUGAAAAUUUUGAAAGAAACGGAAAUAAAGCGACUAUUCGUGAUUACCAUCCGUCAGAGGCUAACUUCGAGAUGUGUGUGACUUCAAUCUAUUCACUGGAUGUAUCAUCGUACUUUGACAUUCACCAACGAAAAUACAAUUAUUCUGUGAAACUGAAUUUGAUUACUUCGAAUUGUCAUUAGUGCGCCUAGUGCGGUUACUGAUAUUAGUCCUUACAGUUAAUACGAUACCACUACGAUUAUUACUACUAUUACUAGGACAUCUAAUAAUACCCUCUGCUUGUGCUAUACUCUGUGUAACAAAACAAAACAUCAACAACAACAACAAAAAAUUACAACAACGUUGGCUUCCGCAUUGUGGUUAGUAGUGAGAGCAUUUUUUCCGAUAAUUCGAACGAAUUCCGAGUGAGCUGUAGAAUUUAAGUGUAUGCAUAUGUGUUUCGUGCAGGACCGAAAGAAGUAAUAACAACUGUAGCAAUGGCGGACCCCAUGACGCCAAGUGACGGUCAAGGCACCACCGGAGCGAAGCAGCAAGUCGUUGCGUAUACCGAGAAGUCACAGGAUAAGCAUGAGUCGCGUCACAUUCAGCUGGUGCGUGAGUACGGUUUUCAUCCUCGGUCCAAGGUACAGGUCGAGGAUGGAGCGGUGCUGCCCCGCAAGUUCGAACCCUUUCCGGAUGACAUGUACGGUCGGCCGCUAGAGGAAAUCGAUAACUUCAUCUAUGAAGAGACCUUCUGCGUGGUGUCAAAGCGGUUUCGCAAAAACUACAUUCACCGGUUCACCGGAACGAAAAGUCUGUUUUGCUUCACUCCGUGGAGCCCCACCCGACGUGCCUGCGUUUACCUGGCGACGAAUCAGUUCUUCGACUACUUCGUCAUGGCCACCAUUCUGUUCAACUGCAUCUUUCUGGCGAUGUCCGAGACGAUCGAGGAAGCAGAAUAUAUAUUUUUAGCAAUUUACACUUCCGAGAUGAUCAUCAAAAUGAUAGCUAAGGGUUUUAUAUUGAAUAAGUACACGUAUCUGCGGAAUCCGUGGAAUUGGCUGGACUUUGUGGUGAUUACCAGUGGCUAUGCGACGAUCGCGUUGGAUGUCGGUAAUCUGGCUGGUUUGAGGACAUUUCGUGUACUGCGAGCCCUCAAAACGGUAUCGAUUAUGCCAGGAUUGAAAACUAUCAUCAAUGCGUUACUGCACUCCUUCAAGCAGUUGGCGGAAGUCAUGACGUUGACAAUAUUUUGCCUGAUGGUGUUCGCUCUUUUUGCGCUACAGGUUUACAUGGGAGAGCUCCGCAAUAAAUGUGUCAAAAACAUGCCGGAAGGCUGGAACAUCACUCACGACGAGUGGCGGAUGUGGGUGAACGAUACCGACAACUGGAUAAUCGAUGACGAGGGCAUUCCGAUGCUGUGCGGGAAUCUGACCGGAGCUCGCCACUGUCCCCCAGAAUACACGUGCCUCUGUGUGGGCGAGAAUCCGAACCACGGAUACACCAAUUUCGACAACUUCAUGUGGUCAAUGUUAACAACCUUCCAGCUGAUUACGCUCGACUAUUGGGAGAAUGUAUAUAAUAUGGUUCUGGCAACCUGCGGCCCUAUGAGUGUAUCGUUUUUCACCGUCGUUGUAUUUUUUGGGUCAUUUUAUUUGAUUAAUUUGAUGUUAGCUGUAGUUGCUCUCAGUUACGAGGAGGAAGCUGAAAUUACACAAGAGGAACGACGAAAAGACUUGAUCGACCAUCGGGACGAUUCCACGUUCAGCUUCGAUCCUGCCAGUUUGAAUGUUAGACAGUUAAGUAAACAGCAACGAAAGAAAUUGGAUGCUCGGAAGGGUGUCCUGUUGGCGUCAUAUUCGCGGAAAAAAACACGACGAAGAAAAAAGGGCAAGGACGAAGGCGGUCGAAAUGGGAACAAUUAUUCUAAAAGUCGUUCGGCGACACCGAGUCCCAGUCCAAGUCCUAGACAUAGCAUAGUAAGGCCACAAGCACUGGCACUACAACGAACAAAAGGAAUGCUGGCGACAACGGCAGGAGUUCCACUGCCACCAUCAACUCAGCCACAAAAUCCCAACACGCUGCACCCUUUAGGACCACAUUAUCGCGGACAGCUACUGCCUUCGAGCCGACAGGCCAGCUCGAAUGCCAGUGAGGGUGGUGGCAACCGUGAGUCUUCCCUGGACGAUUCCGGAGUGGUGGAUGACCACGAGGAGCAAGAUGUCACCGCUACGGACCUGGUGCACCCUACUCUAGUAGAGCAGCGUGAAGUCACACCGGUCACAUUGGCGCUAUCACCGCGGGAAGUUAGAAUAAUAAAAUGUAAUGGUAAUUUAGCGAAGGUUAAAAAGCACAACGUUUAUGCCCUCCAUCCGGAAUACUUGUCGCAAAUUGUUGUACUUGACGAUCUUCCUGAUAGAAAUUGUGAUAGAUGUGUUCACUGUUGCGUCAACUACGAACGGUGGUUGCAGUUUCAGAAUUGUUUAUAUAAAAUCGUUAGGGAUCCAUUGUUCGAAUUAGGGAUCACACUGUGUAUUGUUUUAAAUACAUUGUUUUUAGCGUUAGAACACCACGGAAUGAAUGAGAGCGUACGGGAUGCGUUAGAUAUUGGCAAUAGAGUUUUUACAUCGGUUUUUACACUGGAGUGCAUAUUGAAAGUAUUGGCCCUGUCGAAGGAUUUUUUCCUGUGUGGCUGGAACAUAUUCGAUCUGAUUAUCGUUUCAGCCAGCUUACUCGAUCUAAUCUUCGAACUGAUGGAAGGCCUAACAGUUUUGCGAGGGUUGCGAUUGCUACGGGUACUGAAACUAGCACAAUCAUGGACCACAAUGAAGGUUCUGCUCAGUAUUAUCAUAUCGACAAUAGGUGCUUUAGGUAAUCUGACAUUCGUGUUGGUAAUAGUUAUCUAUAUUUUUGCUGUUAUCGGGAUGCAGUUAUUUUCUAAAGAUUACACACCAGAAAAGUUUGCACCUGAUCCGGUGCCAAGGUGGAAUUUUAAUGAUUUUUUCCAUUCGUUCAUGAUGAUUUUUCGAAUUCUGUGCGGAGAAUGGAUCGAACCACUCUGGGAUUGUAUGAGAGCCGAAGAGGAGCAAGGAGCGUCGACAUGUUUUGCCAUAUUCCUACCGGCGCUGGUGAUGGGAAACUUUAUGGUUCUCAACUUGUUCUUGGCCUUGUUACUCAACAGUUUUAAUUCCGAAGAGUUAAAAUCCAAGAAAGAGAGUUUCGAGCAGGAAGUUGGCGAGGACUCUAAACUGGCACGUAGUUUCGAACGGAUUCGGUCGAUCGUGCGCAAAAAACGGAAAGCCAACAAGGAAAAGAACGAAAACGAUACCAACACCCGACUGGAACGGUUGGUCAACGAAAUCGUCAUCAAGCAGCGGGAGGAAAAGCGAAAAUAUUCCGCCGCUCUGGUUGCCGCAAAGGACACAACCAUCGUGCUGCCGGCCGAUCUUAGGCCACCCGGCGAAAGGUUAAUCUAUGGACAGAGUUAUCAGGAUAAUCUAAUCCAACGGUUACCAACGGCUGAGCUUUGCUACGAGAUUCCCCUGAAGGAUCGACCGCUGCGAACGAUCUCCGGCAGUCAGGAAACCGUUUCCCAGAUGGACGAAAGGCAGCUCCCCGACGACGGUCCACAGCAGAUGACUGAUGUGGAGCGUAAAAUACUCCAGCAAAUGUCUUCCGGCUUCGGAACCCAGCAAAGUAAAGACGAACCCACAGUGGCGGAAUCGCUUGAGUUGCGAAGCUUCAAUCGUAUCAGCUCUUCCGAGAUCGAUCCGAACGAGCAAUCGAUCCACAUCUCCGGUUCGCAACCGUACGACGAAGCCUACCUGCAGUAUCAGAAAUCACUACUGAACCGUUCACCCAGCUACCGGAAGUCGCUGGAUAGAACGUCAUCGCGUACCUCCAGCGUGAACUCGCUGGCCAAUUCGCUAGCCAAGUGUCACUCGCCGUUGGUACAGGAGGUGCUGAACGCCGGGUCCACCUAUCUACGUAAUAGUAACAUCUCGCUCAUACAAACGCCAACACCGAGAUCUAGACGUGAAGAUAAUCAUUUUUUAGUAGCUGAUAGGAAAAGUAGCUUAGACAAAUCGUUAACGGCAUCUCCGCCGCAUCUGGCCUCCCAGCCAUAUAGCCAACCACGUUCGCCAAGUACCAGCAGUAGUAUGCGCAAGGCGGUGCUGGCCGCUAAUCGUCUGUCCGACCAAUCGCUCAAUACACUCUCCAUCGAUCAGGACGAUCUGAUGAACCAAAUGAAUCUGAAGGACGAACUGCUCAACUGUGAGCAGAAGGAGUUAUUUCAGUUCCUCAACGAUGACUUCGACAAUAGUAAUAAUUAUUUUAGUGAAACCGUAGGCUAUGGCAGUGCACUAGUCGAAGCUGACACUGAAAGUUUAUUGUUGAACGGUGCGCACUCUAGAAAGGAUGAGCUUAUCUACUCACCCGAUCGGAAAAUCUCCAAUGGUAGCCUAAAAUCUAAUUUAAGUAGUAUAUCCAAUUCGAUCUUUCAAGCGCUGGAGCAUAACCGUGGGGGUAGUGUGAGUGAGCCGAUGGAGAAACAACGGCCAACAAUCGCGGUAGACAACGGAAGCUUACUGUCCCGAAGGGAUAGCGAAGAAAAAGAACCCCUGGUAAAGGCCUCCGAGUUCGACGAUAUAAUUCACAGUUUCGAUACGGAACUUAAAAGUCUGAAAUCGCUUUCGCUGGGGCGGAGUCAUUCGCAGACGGAGCCAGCGGUAUCACCGGAACCAGAGCGACGCAAUUCCGAUACCAGCCCUGCCAAACCGGUGGCGGAGGAGGUGGUUCGCUUGCGAAGGCCCAAAUCCAGUACCGUUUGUAGUUAUAAGAGUAGCAGAAAUAACAGUAACACUCAUGGCAAUAAUACUAGUGAUAAUGAUAAUAAUGACAGUAAUGUGUGUAACAAUAAUCCUAGGACUAGUAGCGGAAACGAUAGUAAUAGCAGUAACACCGAUAGCAAUACUCAGCGCAGCGAAACGUCCAAACGGCGAAGUCUGGAGAAGCAGCGCAACAUUACGGAUGAGGAGUUCAACAUGGGACUAGAAAUUAAGAAACUUUGUGAUCAAUUACAGGCACCGUUUGCCACGGCUCAUUCGGAGCCCAAUGUUGGUAUCCCUGGCGGAACCAAUAACUUAAGUACAAUCCCGAUCGUGUUCCGGCGUAGAAACGACUUCCACAGUAGUUUCGAUCGAAUCAAACGGCUUAGUCUGAUUGAACGUGUCGAGGAAGGCAACGAAGAUGAGAAAGCACAACCACCGAAACCAUCGAGUGAACAGCUUCCACGAAAAAAUCUUUCAAAGGAUCGCCUGGAAACUUUGUCUCUCAAGAGCAGCUAUAGCAUUGAAAAUGGCGAAAAACCAUUGAGUGAAACCAACCGACAAAUCGGAAUCAGCAUACAGGAGUUUCAACGGAAUAUCGCACAAGAAAAUAGUCUGGAAAUACCGAAACCGGUGCCACCCCUGAAGAAGACUGUUACGUAUGGGGAUACGUCGAGGCAAAACAGUUCACAGAUAGCGACCCCGAAGCGAACACCUUACAAAUCCUACGAAUCCGACGCCCCUUUAAACCUAGCUGGGAAGCCGUGGCACUGUCUGGUUUCUUACGUAGACGACAUCACCGUCGGUGGUCGUCGCAAUUCGCAAGGUGUCUACGACGAUCCCAUGGCAUUUCCCAGCUUUGGUCGUCGGAAGGCACCGAAGAUUCCGCAGGACUGUUUCCCACAGAAAUGCUACGAAAAAUGCAAAUGUUGGGAAGCCUGCCUAAAAACCGACGCAGGUCAACGCUGGUAUCGCUUUCGACAGUUCAUUCUGCAGUAUGUCGACACCCCUGCGUUCGAGUGGUUCGUGCUGGUACUCAUAUUUGCAUCGAGCAUCACCCUCUGCUUCGAGGACAUCCACCUGGAUAAGAACAAGAGCCUAAAGCGAAUCCUGUACUGGACCAAUUUCGCGUUCUGUUUGAUCUUCAUCAUCGAGAUGUUGCUCAAAUGGGUUGCCUUGGGGUUUGCCAAAUAUUUCUCCAGUUUCUGGACGAUACUGGAUUUUAUCAUCGUAUUUGUUUCGGUAUUCUCCCUGCUCAUCGAGGAGAACGAAAACUUGAAAGUACUACGCUCGCUAAGAACGUUGCGCGCUUUGCGGCCACUACGAGCGAUAUCCCGAUGGCAGGGCAUGAGAAUAGUAGUGAAUGCAUUGAUGUAUGCGAUACCGUCGAUCUUCAAUGUACUCCUAGUAUGUCUCGUCUUCUGGCUGAUCUUCUCGAUCAUGGGCGUACAGUUUUUUGGCGGGAAGUUCUUCAAGUGCGUUGACGACGAUGGCGAACUGCUGCCGAUAGACAUCGUCAACGACAAAUGGCAGUGCUACACAUUGAACUACAGCUGGAUCAACUCUAAAAUUACCUUCGAUCACGUCGGCAUGGGGUACUUGGCUUUAUUUCAAGUGGCCACCUUCGAAGGUUGGAUGGAGGUGAUGGCGGAUGCCGUAGACGCCCGGGGAGUCGAUCUUCAACCACAACGAGAAGCAAAUCUAUACGCUUAUAUUUACUUUGUAAUUUUUAUAGUGUGCGGGUCAUUCUUUACACUGAACUUAUUCAUCGGAGUUAUCAUCGACAAUUUCAACAUGCUGAAAAAGAAAUACGAAGGCGGUGUACUGGAGAUGUUUCUGACGGAAUCCCAAAAGCACUACUACACUGCCAUGAAGAAGUUGGGUCGGAAGAAGCCUCAGAAAGUGAUCAAGCGUCCAAUCAAUCAAUUCCUGGCCAUGUUCUAUGAUCUUUCAAAUUCUAGAAGAUUCGAGAUCGCCAUUUUUGUGUUAAUCUUCCUGAACAUGUUGACCAUGGGCAUCGAGCACUACAAUCAACCGCAUGCAGUAUUCUUCGUAUUAGAGGUUAGUAAUGCAUUUUUCACCACCGUGUUUGGCCUGGAAGCUAUUGUGAAAAUCGUGGGACUACGAUAUCACUACUUCACCGUACCGUGGAAUGUAUUUGAUUUUCUGCUGGUGCUGGCAUCGAUAUUUGGCAUCCUAAUGGAGGACAUUAUGAUCGAUCUUCCGAUUUCCCCUACACUGUUACGGGUGGUGAGAGUGUUUCGAAUUGGUCGAAUACUUCGUUUAAUUAAGGCUGCCAAAGGUAUACGAAAGCUGCUGUUCGCUUUAGUGGUUUCACUACCUGCACUGUUCAACAUUGGAGCACUAUUGGCAUUGAUCACAUUCAUUUACGCAAUCAUCGGAAUGUCAUUAUUCGGUCACGUACGGCAGCAGGGUGCCCUGGAUGAUAUGGUCAAUUUCGAGACGUUCGGAAGAAGUAUGCAACUUUUAUUUAGACUGAUGACUUCGGCCGGAUGGAACGAUGUGCUGGAAUCACUCAUGAUUCAACCUCCUGAUUGUGCUCUUACUAAAGACCUUUCAAACGGAGAUUGUGGCCAUCCUCUGCUAGCGAUAACCUACUUCACCAGUUUCAUUAUAAUCAGCUAUAUGAUUGUAAUUAAUAUGUACAUUGCGAUCAUUCUAGAGAACUUUAAUCAAGCCCACCAGGAAGAGGAGGUCGGAAUCGUCGAGGAUGAUCUGGAAAUGUUUUACAUCCGAUGGUCGAAAUACGAUCCCCAUGCCGGACAGUUCAUACACUUCAAUCAGUUGUCGGAUUUCAUCGCCUCGCUCGAUCCGCCACUGGGUAUCCCCAAACCGAACACGGUGGCCCUGGUUUCGUUCAAUCUUCCAAUUUCCAAAGGCAACAAAAUCCAUUGCUUGGAUAUCCUACAUGCUCUGGUUAAGCACGUUCUAGGGCACGUUGAAGAGACUGACAAUUUCAAACAACUGCAAGACCAGAUGGACCAGAAGUUCAAGAAGCAAUUCCCAACCCGUAAAGAGCUGGAAAUUGUUUCGUCCACUCGUAUCUGGAAGCGGCAGGAGAAGGCAGCUAGGACCAUUCAGAAUACGUGGAGAGAGUAUUUGAGGCUUAAAAGUGAAAGGGAACGUUCCCCGAUGUCCCUGGAGGACGAAAAUACUCAAACUUCAAGCCCCGGUGGAUGGCAGUCCAAACUAUCCGCCCUGAACUUCCUGCACCUUCAGGUACACCGCAGAGGCACUGCCACCUCGAGCCGUGCAUCGUCCCGCAAAUCAUCUCGCGCUUCCGAUGAUUCUAAUCUUAGUGAACUGGCCGGACCGUGGUUGAAUCUACCGCUAAUGCUGGUAUCCGGAACCAGUGAUAUGGUGAAAGAAGUCAAGCAACAGCACGCCAACGGGCUAGAGUUGAAGGAUACUUCCGAUGGGAAGGGCCGCCGGAGAAGUUUCUACAACUUUCCGUUUUUUCUGCGCCAUCAGGAUGCUGUAGAGGAAACAAGCAACUCACCGCAACCGCAAAAGCGAUCGAUCAAAGGCAGUGAUACGAAUCAAUCUUUGAACACGUCUCUGGAAAAACCAGUAGCGCCUUGCACUCCCACUCCGAAACACAAACGGGCAACAAGUUUUGUGAAGAAGAAACCUCCCCUAGAACGAGGUUUUUCUGCGCAGAGUGCUUUGAGGCUCAACAGAAAUGCAUCAGUUGCUGAUGAAACCCUAUCGGCUUCGACGGCGGAUGUUAGCAUUCUAGUAACGGAACCAUCACCGGAUGUUCCUACGGGUCCUAAUCUGUCGGCAGUGCCUGGCGAAGCAACAUUAGUCCAUGUCUUAGUGCAUCGCGAAAGUGAAGAGUAUCAAUCCGAUGUAGACGAAAAAGACGAAACCAAAGUGAAAGAACCUCGUGAUCCUUCCAAAGCUAGCGAUAUAAAAAUCUCUCCUGGCACGAAUAUUGAUUAUCAAAUUCUAGGUGGCAGCGACGAUGUACCAAGACCAGUGGUUACCAUCUGUGUCGAGAGUCCCCAGGAAUCACCGGACACACCGGAACAGCGACAGCAGCAAGAUGCCGUGAUCGAUAUUAUCGAUCCGGAACCGAUCGAUGUUAAUCUUCCACGCGAUACCACGAACAUUUUCUACGACUACGAAGAACCAAUCGAUGCUAGACAGGACACCCCGGAAAUCCACCCCAGAUCACAUCCGGCUCAUGCUUUGCAGGAUUUGGAUAGAAUCGAAUAUGACACCCAGCAGACGAACAGCAAUACAAGCAGCGUGACCAGCAGCAACAGUUCCGGUAAACAGACACCUCCCAACACCGAAAACCCAAGAAUAUGCAGCUGACCAACCGAUUUGCCGAAGAACGAAGACAACGAGACCGGCUGCGGCCAGCCAGAAAACAGUAGUUGACAAUCUUCUGAUUCUUUUUGAGUGCAUUUUUGGCCGCCAGUAUACUGGCACUCUGUAGAUCAGCGACAUUUUUUACCUCAUUUAUCGAUGCUGCUUGGAUAAGAAGUUCCAUUGCUACUGAAACAAACUCCCACAAAGGCUCCUCCAGAUUCCAUGCGUAGCUUUUUGUAGGUAGUUUUAAUCCAUUGCACGUGCAAAGCCAAAACAGAUAGUAGUCGACUUCAGUUCUAGCUCUAGGGAAUGCUGUAAAUAUUUACGCAUCUGACAAACAUGUAAAAUUCAAGCAAAACUCAUUCUAUGGUGGUUAUAAAAGAAAAUUUUCAGUCAUUAAAAAGUAUAUUUUUUGAGGUUUUGUAUCUGUAGAGUUGGAAAAUAUUUAAAAUCUAUUCCAUUAUGUGAGUGUUUUGUGUUUUAAACACAAUGAACCUUAAAUAAAAUUUGUUAUUAUUUCAUAGAAAAGAUUUAUUUUAGACUGUACUCUACGAUAAGCAUGGUUUUAGUUUAUGAAAACUAGACUGUGUUAAAAUAUAUCGUAAAGUUCCCUAACAUAUUUUUAUAAAUAGUUUGAUUCACAAAUUUAUUAACAGAUAUUUGAAAAUCAAAUAAGAAUUACAUGUCUCGAUAUGGGUAAACAUUCAAGCUAUUCAUUGUUGCCAAAUAAGGCGAGAAAUGUAGAUUUGAAACUUGAACUACAUAUUUCUUGUUAAACAAGAUCAUUUAUUUUACUAGAGAAUGUAAUCAAAUGUGCGACAGAAGUGAAAAACGGAUCAUCGAAGCUUCACACAAUUCGAACUGAGGACAUAUCUUUUGAUGAGUGAUUUUCUUCUUCUCUUCAUUCAAAACUUGAAUAUCAGUGAAUGGAUUUUGAAUCCUCUAAAAGUAUUUUUUGUACAAACAAUUGUAGUUCACAUACAUCCAUUAUAUCUAGUCGGCAAACAAUGGUUCGAAAACAAUAAAGAAUAUUUUGUAACCACAAUGUUUUACCAAUAUGAACAAGAGGAAGCAUUACCAAGCAAGGGUAUGUUCAAAUAAAAACAUUUUCAAACGAAUUUAUCGUAGUUAUCAAUAAAAAGAAACAAUUAUUUUAAAAUUACUACUAAUUCUAUUCUAUAACUGCUGUUAAUGCAGAAUCAAAAACUGCUCAAAGAGAAGUCGUACAUGGUUGAUAUUUAACACUACCGCAAAGGAAACAAACGAUAAACUUGAAAGGAAGUAUAUGAGAACUUGUGGUAAAGUGCAUAUUCUAAUUAUUUGUAAAAUAAAUCAACAGGAAAAAAAAUACAAGAACUAAAUCAAGACACAUUUGAAGGAAAACCAACAGAAAACUCUGAUUUGAUUGUUUUCCAUCGGCCAUGUAUGUACAACAGAUUCGAUUUUCGAUGCGCUUCAAGUUCUAAUCGCUUCGCAUAUCCACUUAUUUACAUUAUAAUCAAUGCAUCACUACAUAGUCGUAGUGCCGCAUGUACAUCGACAAAUAUACAUACACGCACAAGCAGCAGUGGGUGCGCAGUACAAACCGAAUCGAAAUAAUUCCAUAAAACGUUAUAAGAGAAUCAAUCAACGGGUUUAAUAAGCCAUAGCUUCCGAAAUAGCGAUACUUUCACCUCGAAGAUAGUAUACUUGCGUUUGACAUAAGUCAACUGAUAAAACGUCAACUAAAGCGAACAUAAACAGUAGCAAGAAUGAUUUAAAUUGUCACAAAAAGUGUGACAUGAACUCAAUGAAAUGUUAAGAGCUCAUUUUGAUUUUUUUCCGGAUUGUAGUAGAAAUCUGUUUUUAUUUAUCGUUUCGAGAAACCUCGCGUCUGAGAAGAUUGGCCUCAUGAUUGGUCAAAUCUCACGAUCCGAUGUUCGAUAAGAGUUAUACACCAAAUAACGUGUAAUUACAUAGAGAUAACAGAGCGUCACUCACCACAGCGAUCAUUUUGACAGUGCAAUCGAAAAAGGUUGUAACAAAUAGCAGAUGAUGCUUGAAAAUUAUUGCUUCUGUUCUUCUGUUGAUGCCAUAUAGUUGAUAUAUUUUUUAAAAAAUGUUUUGUAUAAACAAAAUGCACUAAUAGUAACAAAAGAAACAAACAUAUAAGUUUAAGAAUACUCUUUAUAGGGCCUAGGAUGCGACGCAUUUAAUACGCAAAUAAGGAAAAUCUUUCGGGAAUAGUUGGUUCGCAGCAUUUGUGGAUGUUUAAGUAACAGGCCUUGAUCGUGUAAAGAAUUCAAAUGAAACAGUAGCGAAUCCAAGUCGACUGUGCCUCAUGCCCUCUCAAACUUUUUGGGCUAUUGUACCAAUAGUCAACUCAUCAGUAGAGUCGUCAUAUUAUUUCGCCGAUUACUCGACUUUCAAUGAACGAGUUGUGAUAAAAUACAACUAAGAAGUGGCUUCGACUCUAAGAAGCAAUACCGCAGAGAAAAAUGUUUAAUACUGCUGUCAUAGCGGCACUCGAAGCGAAUGCACCUGUUUUCAUCUUACCCUUAAGGUCAGUCUAUCGAACAGAGACAUCAGAUCUCACUCUAACUAAUGGUUUUCGUAUAUGAGAAGAGUACUGUUUAGAGCCGUAUAUGAGAAGAGUAGUGUAACAGAGGUAUUUUGGCCACUUCAUAUAUUUUGGCCCACCUAACAAACUAUAUGGAUUCAAUCGAUCUUAGGUAACCCAUGUUGCAUCAGUUUGAAGCUAAUCACAUUAAAUUACCUAUUGCGAAAGGAUUUUUCAAAGAUAUUAAAACAUUUGGUGGAUAUUUUUACAAAGUGGGCCAAAAUAAAAUCGAUCCUAAAGCGGGCCAAAAUACCUCUGUAGCCCUAUUGUUUUUGGUUUGAAAAUCGCCAUUCAUAUUCGCCAUUGACUGAAAAGUGGGUUUGAUUCAGCAAUAGUUUCCAAUUCUCAUUUUUUGACAGCUCUUCGCAAUUAUAUCGUCCCACGACAAAAGGCCUAACUGCAAACGAGAGGUUUUUAAUAACAAUUUUUAUUCAGGCCAAUUUGCGUAUACAUAAGCUUUACAUGGCCGAUUUACCCAUGUUUUUGUUACACAAUAUAUUUUUUUUAUUGUUAGAUCUCGUUGUCACCCUUCUUCUAGAGGGAGAGGAGCUUCCAUUUCCUUCUACCGAAGAUUGGAGGUCAUUUUGUCCGUGGCUCAUAUCAUCCAUUGCUACAUCGUUGGAGUUGGGAGUGGUUUCCGUUUCCUUGUUUUCAUUGUUGAUCGGUAGUUACUGUAGAUGCGCUUUAUACAUUGAUUGCAGUUGAUAUUUGGUUAGAUGGUGAAGGUGUUUUUGAAACAGGAGCACUGCAUUCACUAGUUUCCAUUGUUGAGCGGUUGUCCUUGUUUUUGUUUUCGCAGUUUCAGUGCAAGGUUGGCCGUAGUGCGCAGGUUGUUCACAAAACUGACAUGUAACCAAUUGAUUUUCAUACGUAAUCAACGUUUUACAGGGAUGUAUCCCGUCUUGAUCACAAAUGAUGUAAGAUGAAAUUGCUUUACGUAGUUGCAUACGUACCACUCGCACGCCAUUCCGUAUACCCGGGAAAAAAUUCCGCCAUACUUCCCUUUCGAUGGAAAGAACUUCACCGUACUGCGACAUACUUUCCCGAACAUACCCAUCGCUGGUCUACGGGGGAAGGUCAUGCACGCGUACUUCUAUGGCAUUGUCCACCAUGUACACAGGGAUUUUAUAUUUAACAUUGUCAUGAUCAACACUGUUGGUACUGUUUGGCCCGGGUUGGUGGUUCAAUGCAUAGGGCUUGAAAUCAAUACAAAUUGAGUUUGGCCUUGUAGGCCAAGUUUCAGGCUUUGUUAAAUCGUAUUUGCCCAUUUCGUACACCUCUAUUGUUCACUACACUGUAUUGUCUUUGUUUCUAUCGUCUCGACCGUAAGAAAUUUUCGACUGUGUCGGAUGAGAUGCUAACACGAACUGUCCGAGAGCCUCUCUUUGUUUACUCUCGAUUAUUACGGAGUGAUCAUAGAAAGUUCUUCAAAGAUUCCAAUACAAAUCGAAAGCUUGUUGUUUUGAUUUGAAAGUGAUGCGAAGAGCUAAACGUCAAAUAAAAAAAGGUGGGAGAAUAAUGUCAGAGACAUAACUGGAUGUCGUGAAUUCGAAAACAACUGACAUGUUCCUUAACACUUCCGAAUAUCAAUUAGUUGAUCAAUUGUAUGAAAUUGUAUGUAGAAUUUGAAACGAUGCACCUAAACUAAAGCACAGAUUAGUUACAUUUUACAUUCUGAAAUACAAAUAUUAUGAAAUAACCAGUAUAGUUCUUUAUAAUAAAAUAAUGGUGGCUCGGAAAAGAACCUUUUAUGUGAUGUAGAGUGAUGAGUUGAAUUCGAAUUCCGAUGGAUGCCGCUGACUUCCGUCAUCUAAUUCCAGGCUGAACUGUUGUACGUGAGUGCGAUACUGAUAUGGUUGGUGUAGGUGUAGCGUUUACAACCGAUUAUAAUCUUCCAAUAAAGAAAACAUUAAUUCGCUGGGUUGAUCAAUGAUACAAUAGGCCUAAUUUAUUAAACGAAACUAUCAAUAUGCUAUAGCGUUUCUAGCAUUCAGAAGGGUCAAAUUGCGUAAUUCUCUACGACAAUAAACUCUGGAACAUUUUUCGCAAAAACAAAAAAGGUUUCACUUGAUCUCGAUUACUGUGAAUUUAACACAGCGAAAAGUGCACAAAUCUAACCAAGCUGUUCUAGAUUUGCACUGAACUGAGGAUAUUUACCUUCGAUUUGCGAACAACAAAUCCUAAUAGUUCUUUAGAAAACAUUUGAGCCUUUAGAACGGCUGAUUUUGUGUAAUACUCUCCACCGUUGUUUUUUCAUCAAUGCCAAUGACUGGCAGCUGUGACGUAAUCGCUCUUGUCGGAAGCGAAACUAGCUUUGCAAACGACACAAAAUACAUCUGCUUGCAUUGGCGAUAGAAACCAAACAGAUCCAAUUUUGGUUAGGAGCAUUCUUUUUACGUGAUUUCGUUUGUAGCUUUUUCAUUGAUGGGCGGUCCUAACGGCUAUAAAAAUAGCCGCAUACAGAAUUUUAAUGUCGAUUAUUUCAUUUCGGAUUUGCAUAAUUUAUUAAAAGAAACUAUCCGCAUGCUGUACGGGAUUCAUUCCUGCCUUUCAGAAGGACCAAAUUAAACACUGUUCGGAACAUUUUUCUCGAAUGAUUUGUUGUACAGCAGCAGAUAUUUUGUUCUCUUCCUCAGAACGCGUUCUGAUUGGCUGGUGUUGACAUGGGUCAAAUGAGAUAGGUUUUUCAAUAGUGUACUAUUGAAAUACUUCAAUGCUUUUGCUAUACACGUUUAAGUUGAAAAAUUUUGAUUCUAAUGGUAGUUAGAUUACAUAAAUCCUUCCACAGAUCACUGAGAUAUGAGCUCUUUGAUACUCGUUUAUACCAAACAUUUCAGAAAAGUUGAAUUUUGAACUAUUUGAGAUUAUGUCACACAACUGAAAAUUUUAUCAUAAAAUUGUGAUCAUAUUUCCGAUGGCAUGUAGCAAAAAUUAUGUUGAUCCGUUAGAUACAACAAGAGAUAUUCACGAUCAAAAACUUAUCACUCUCUCAGAGGGUCAAUUUUGAAAAGGCACCCCACAGUAAAGUAAGUCGUAUCCACGACAAAAAUAUCGGGUAAUUCAUGAAACAAAAAAUAAACAAAGACAAACCGUCAUUUGCAUUUAAACCCUUUUGUCACUGGACGAUAGAAUUGUAGAAAUUGUUUUUCCUUAUUUUUAUUCUGUUUACGAUUCAAGAAAUUGUUUUUUCCUUAUUUUUGUUCGGUUUACGAUUUAUGAAUUAAUUUUGAGGGAAGAUAAAUGGCAUAAAAAUUAAUUCAUGAACAAUCUUUUGGUGUUUAUUGUUCAGCUGAAGAUUUCAUCGAGUUUUGUCGGAUUUCGCUUAUAAUAUUGUUAGACAUUACAUCUAUUGAUAUCAGCGUAUACCGUGGUAUAGCCGUGUUAGCUACUGGUAUAGUUACAGGUUUAGAACUCAAUUUCAGAUAAAGAAUCGUCCAGGUCCUGGUACACCGACUUCGUAUAAUAUUGCGGUCCGGGCAGCGCUCGAGUCUUCCUUGGCGUAGGUUUCAUCGUCGAUCAGGAUCCAUCCGUCUUUAUUCUGUAGAAUUCGGUUAUACAGUUUUCGCGCUCUUGUUUUGGCCUGAACUUGCUGCACCAGGGACUUUUUCGGCACCUUCUGUUUCUUGUGCGUUUUCAGGGUGUUCCGAGCUUUGAUCCGUUGAAUCAUUCCGAUGCUGGUGUUGAACUGCUUGGCCAAAUCCCGCGUCGACGCCGAUAGGUUUUUCCUGAUGUACUCAACCACUUUUAAGUCCCGGCCGGGCUGGCUGGAACCCGUUUUCCUACCGGAUCGGGGCAAAUCCUUCAUGAAAAGGGUCUUACCGAACUUCUCGAUAAUAUUUUUGACACUGGUGUGGUGCACUUUCUCAUGUUUUGCAAUUUCGUUGUACGUGACACCACUUUCGAGCACCAAGUGUGCAGAAUUUUCUUUCGCGUUUCCGGAUCAAUUCGACUCAUCAUUGAAACGAUAAACCGUACCGAAACCAAUCGAUUGCGCAGCUGUUAUUGACAUUUAAACAAACAUGUCAUCGCAAAACACGCUGCAAAAAAAUUAAGCCAUUUCAGAGUAAUAACUGUUUGAAUGUUGCUAACUACUUAUCGAUACACUCCUUAUGAAGUGAUAGUCGUGUUGCCUCUUUUCUCUAACGUUUCGUUUACGUGGGGCAUCUCACCCAGAUUUGUAUUUUUUUUCUAAUAUCAAGAACAAGUUUUUUUAACGUAAAAUUAUUUUUCAAUAUGUAGUAGGAACCCGUAAAUUUUUAAUAACAAUAAGUUAUGCUCUGAUUCAGUGAAAAGUUUUUAUGAAAUACCGUUUUUUUAAAAUGAUGUUGCAUUUCCCCCGAUAUACCCUAAGGUUAUCGCUGCUGAUGAUUUAAUGAUAAAUUUCUGAUUAUAUCAUGUAGAAAGAAGCUCCAUUUAUUUUAUCUGUUUCACGAUAUUCACAAAACGCUUUCCAAUGGAUUCCAUCGCAACAAUUCUCAAUUGCAAUCAAAACUGAUUGCUUAACUGAAUUGUUUAAUUUCGUCUCUCAGCGAAUUAUUCCACUGCGUCAUUCUGUGCGUCGCAACCUGGUGAAACCCAGAACAACUGUUGGAUGCAAUAGUCUCCAGAAUGCAACCGAGUUCAUGUGUUUCUUGGAUUUAAGACAAUUUAUGAUCAAUCAAAGCAAAACGAAAAGCUUCGAUACGCUUAAUGUUGUUGCACGUGUUAAUAGUAAUGUCACACAGUAAAUGAAAUCGGUUUCCUAAAAUAUGUACAAUUAUAUCGGAGAAAGCGUAUGAACUCAUCAUUUAUUAGAGGAAAAACAUAAAUAUGUAACGUCGAUACCUGAAGUUAUGUGUUUGCUAGAUUGAUUUAUCAUUAGAACUUUUGACUUGACAGUAAUUCCAAAAUUACUGAUGGAAGCUAUUGAUCCAACAAAACAAAGGCCCAAAACAGUUGAUAAAUUUUGGCUUGGACAGUUUCCAACUCUGAAUAACGGACCAGUGUGUGUAGUUAAGUGCAAAACAAAUACAAAAAAAUAAAGAAAAAUAGAUCAAAAAACAACAAAAAAAAACAAACAUAAUAAUUGUAUUUAGCAUGAUAAUAACUCAGAACAAAAAAAAAACUUGAUAAACAAUAAGUCAAUUAAAUUGUAUAUUUUUACAGAAGAGACGAUAGUAGAAUACGAGAAAGAAAACAUUAGAGAAUAUUUAUUGAAUUCAGUCUUAAAACUAGUUUCUUCUAAAUUUCAAGAGUGAAGAGCAUCUAAAUUGUACGACCCACAACCACCAUCACGAGCUGCAAUAUAAAUUCGCUCAUACUUCCAUAUAUAUUCCAGAAUGGAAAAAAUAAUAAACAAAUACACAAAUAAAAUAGAUAUCGUACAUAUAAUCAUUCCAAAGACUCCAAAAUUGUAAAUUUUGUAAAUAUACGACAGAAUAUAAUGGCAUAUUUCAAUAAAAACAAAAACAAAUCCAUAUAUGAACAUACAUCAGCAAAGUUAUAAUAAUACUAAUAAACAUAUUGGAAGCUGAAACAAAUCAGCUAGAAGGGCAAUUUUCUUAGUUUCUUCGCUUGUUAAGUAGUUUUAGAUUUUUACAAUGAUAAACAUCUCGGCUAGCAGGCAAUGCUAGAUUAUAUAGUAGCAGUGUGUCAAAAUGAGUCGUCCUAGGGAGACAUAUUUUGCGUAUUAUAGUUCGUGUACAAGAUUUUUUUUAAUGAUUGUAGCGAACCAUCUUAGCCUAGCAAGAGCAGCGUAUGCGUGUGUUUGAGAGAGAGAGAGAGAGAGAGAGAGAGAGAGAGAGAGAAAAUAUUCAGUCAGUCUAGAUAGUAGUGAAAUCGUCAUACAAAGAUUUCUUGUGAUUUUUUCGACCAACCAAUAAUCGGACAUUUAAACAAAAUGUUUUCAAAAAUAGGAGUACGCAAUUGGAAUCGAUUUCGUUUUUCGACGGCAGCGGUUGGAUAAAUGUAAAAUAUAUUUGAUUGCCAGAUCAAAGAAGAAGCAGCAACUCCUUAUGGAUCAAUUUGUAAAAAGCAGACAUUGAAGGAAUAGAUUUUUUUUAUUAAUAAGAAAGGAUAAGUUUACAGAUAUUUGAAAUGUAGCGAGUUAGUUAGACUUUUGUUACAAUAUUGAAAAGUUCUUAUUAAACUUGAUAGAUAAUUAUUGAAAAGGUUGUGUAAUUAUUUGAGAUUAAUACAUGAAAAAGCGAAUACAACCCGAAGAAAUGUAAAUAAAAUGCAUUAUUGGAAAAA